CAAGAUGUGAUGGUGCGAUACGUGGAGAUGCUGUCCUCACGCAAAGAUCGCGACACUCAGGCUCUGGAGGAAGCGAGAAAACUAUUAGUCGCAAAUAAAGUUGUUCUGCCGCCGGCUCUUCAACCAGGAUCCGAUGCAAAUAACAAGAGUCCUGUACUGAGAAAGACUGCUUUCUCAUCAGCAAGGAAUCCUUCAGCUAGUAGCCUUGACGUAAAAGCUCAGCAGCAGACGACGACGACAGACGCUACAGCUACAGUACACGCUAAACGCAACGCAGCCUCCAAUGUGAAACCUUCGCGCUUCGCCAACCUACAAUCUGCUCCACCGAGACGACCCAGCAUAAUACUAGCCAAGACCACCAAGCCACCCGAUAAAAUCCGCGGUACGGAUCGCUCGCCGAAACAUGAUGACGUCAGUCGACCAGGGUCACCCGAAAGUCUUACCAGUGACCUCAUUGAUCCGUCCACACUUUUCUGCUCCAAUGACAGGGCUAAAAACGAGGCCUUCCUGCGCGGAUUCGAAGAAGGCAUCAAAAUCAGAGUGGAGAAUGAAUUAGCCAACAUAAGAGAUACGCAGCACACCGUACAUGAAGUCAUAGACCAGCUACGAGAAAAGGAAUCCGACAGUGAAGAUGAAAUUUGCAACCUUGCAAGACAGCAGAGAGCAGCAGGCCAGUGGAUCAGAGCAAGCGCGGAAGACAAUCCGACACUAGACAUGACGCUGUGUGGGCAUGGAGAGACAGCAAGCCAUGUGAAGCGAGCCGCGGUAGGAGACACGUGA